CUCCUCUUAGCCGCCCCACCCCCCCGGAGUCUGGAGCAGCAAAGCGGCGGAGCUUCACUGGCUCUCCUCGGUGCGGGAUAUACAGCAGCGGAGAGCGGCAUGGACACGGAAGGGAGCCCGAGCAGCCUGUCGUCCGGCACGGACAACUCCCCCCACGACCCAUGCAAAAUGUUCAUCGGGGGUCUGAGUUGGCAGACGACGCAAGAGGGCCUGAAGGACUACUUCUGCAAAUUCGGCGAGGUGAAGGAGUGCCUGGUGAUGCGAGAUCCCAUCACCAAGAGGUCGAGGGGGUUCGGGUUCGUCACAUACGCGGACCAGGCCGGCGUGGAGAAAGUUUUGGCCCAAAACAGACACGAGCUGGACUCAAAAACGAUCGACCCCAAAGUGGCUUUCCCUCGCCGGGCUCAGCCUAAGUUGGUGACUCGGACUAAGAAGAUCUUUGUUGGGGGACUCUCGGUCAACACCACCGUAGAAGAUGUGAAGCAAUACUUUGACCAGUUCGGAAAGGUCGAUGACGCCAUGCUUAUGUUUGACAAAACAACCAACAGACACAGAGGUUUUGGUUUUGUCACCUUUGAGAACGAAGAUGUGGUGGAGAAAGUGUGUGAGAUCCACUUCCAUGAGAUCAACAACAAAAUGGUGGAGUGUAAGAAAGCGCAGCCCAAAGAGGUCAUGACCCCGACAAGUUCAGCCCGAGGUCGAUCCAGAGUGAUGCCCUAUGGGAUGGACGCCUUCAUGCUGGGUAUCGGCAUGCUUGGCUACCCAGGUUUCCAGACGACCACCUACACCAGCCGCAGUUACUCUGGAAUCGCGCCCGGCUACGCCUACCAGUUCCCAGAAUUCCAUUUAGAGAGGACCCCCCUCCUGGCAUCCUCCCACCCCCCUGAGCUGGCAGCCAUUCCCUUGACUGCGUACGGACCAAUGGCAGCAGCGGCAGCAGCGGUUGUUCGAGGCUCCGCCCCUUCCCGCACAGGCUACCUGAGCACCAGCAGCCCUGGACCAAUGGCUGACUUGUACGCAGCAGCCAAUCAGGACUCCCUCGGCAGCUACAUCAGCGCGGCAAGCCCCGCCCCCAGCACAGGGUUCGGCCACGGUCUCGGGGGUCCUCUGAUCGCCACGGCCUUCACUAACGGCUACCACUGAGGCCGCUCUCUGACCCGGGGGCUUCUCUUCUGCUGACCAGCCAAUCACACGCUGAGUGCUGUGACGCCACGACCUGAUUGGCCGGCUGCAGGCACAACCUGAUUGGCUCCGCUCACCGACUGAAUAUCUUUUUAAAAACUCUUUUUGCUGUACUAAUCUCCUCCUGAUGUCCGUGUCUGGUCCCCACCUUCCUCACCUCCCUCACACGCUUAUUUUCUUUGGAAACGGAGAAAAGAGGAGGGGAAAAAAAAGUGGGGGGGGGGGGGGGGGUCUGAAAUUUUGUCAUUUUUGACAAAAGCCGAAGAGGACUAUUUUUUCUAAAGUUAUUCUAUCUCGCUCUUCUAUGGUUGCAACUCAGAUUCUGACACAAAAACAAACAAAAACGGGCAUGAUUUUCUUUUUCUUUUUUUGCCAAGCCUUUUAACUCCAAUGAACAAAUCCGACUAAAUCAUUUUUCUAAGCGUCACGGAAACAGGAACAAAAAAAAAAUGUAUAUUUUGAUAGUCUUUAAAACGAAACCUUUGUAAUAUUGUUAUUAAUAUUGACAUAAUUAUGAUAAUCUGUGAGCUAUUUUAUUCUGUCAAUGGUUUGAAAGCAAUGUUUUUAUGUCUUCCUGUAACAUAUUGUACAUAAACAUGGGGGGCGGGACUACUGGAGCAGCCGGCAUGUCAUUGGCUGCUUCUGGGAGGCUCACCUUCUAUUUCACUGGAAGUCACACACACCUGACACACAUUACACCUGUUCAUACACACCUGACACACAUUACACCUGUUCAUACACACCUGACACACAUUACACCUGCUCAUACACACCUGACACACAUUACACCUGUUCAUACACACCUGACACACAUUACACCUGUUCAUACACACCUGACACAUACACACCUGACACACAUCACACCUGCUCAUACACACCUCAUCAUGCACACAUCAUACACACCCGCUCAUACACACAUUACACCUGUUCAUAUUACACAUGCUCUUACACACCUGCUCAUACACACGUUACACCUGCUCAUACACACAUAACUUCAUACACACCUGAUCAUACACACUACACCUGCUCAUACACUUGAUCAUACACACCUACUUAUACACACAUACCUGUUCAUACACACCUGCUCAUACACACAUUAGACAUGGUCAUACACACCUGCUCAUACACACCUGAUCAUACACAUAUUAGACAUGCUCAUACACACCUGCUAAUACACACAUUAUACCUGUUCAUACACACCUGAUCAUACACAUAUUAGACAUGCUCAUACACACCUGCUAAUACACACAUUAUACCUGCUCAUACACACCUGAUCAUACACAUAUUAGACAUGCUCAUACACACCUACUUAUACACACAUACCUGUUCAUACACACCUGCUCAUACACACAUUAGACAUGGUCAUACACACCUGCUCAUACACACCUGAUCAUACACAUAUUAGACAUGCUCAUACACACCUGCUAAUACACACAUUAUACCUGUUCAUACACACCUGAUCAUACACAUAUUAGACAUGCUCAUACACACCUGCUAAUACACACAUUAUACCUGUUCAUACACACCUGCUCAUACACAUAUUAGACAUGGUCAUACACACCUGUUCAUACACACCUGCUCAUACACAUAUUAGACAUGGUCAUACACACCUGAUCAUACACAUAUUAGACGUGGUCAUACACACCUGUUCAUACACACCUGCUCAUACACACAUUAGACAUGGUCAUACACACCUGAUCAUACACACAUUACACCUGCUCUGCUCAUACACACAUGACACCUGCUUAUACACACUUCAUCAUACACACCUGCUCAUAUACACUUGAUCAUAAACACCUGCUCAUACACACAUUACACCUCAUCAUACACACCUGAUUAUACAUUUAUUACACCUGUUCAUACACACAUUACACCUGACACCUGCUCAUACACACCUGAUUAUACAUUUAUUACACCUGAUCAUACACACAUUAUACCUGUUCAUACACACAUUAUACCUGUUCAUACACACCUGCUCAUACACACCUGAUUAUACAUUUAUUACACCUGCUCAUACACACAUUACACCUGAUCAUACACACCUGCUCAUACACAUAUUAGACGUGGUCAUACACACCUGAUCAUACACACAUUAUACCUGUUCAUACACACAUUAUACCUGUUCAUACACACCUGAUCAUACACACAUUAUACCUGUUCAUACACACCUGAUCAUACACACAUUAUACCUGUUCAUACACACCUGUUCAUACACACAUCAUACCUGUUCAUACACACAUUAUACCUGUUCAUACACACCUGAUCAUACACACAUUAUACCUGUUCAUACACACCUGUUCAUACACACAUUAUACCUGUUCAUACACACCUGAUCAUACACACAUUAUACCUGUUCAUACACACAUUAUACCUGUUCAUACACACCUGUUCAUACACACAUUAUACCUGUUCAUACACACCUGAUCAUACACACAUUAUACCUGUUCAUACACACCUGAUCAUACACACAUUAUACCUGUUCAUACACACCUGUUCAUACACACAUUAUACCUGUUCAUACACACCUGUUCAUACACACAUUAUACCUGUUCAUACACACCUGUUCAUACACACAUUAUACCUGUUCAUAUACACCUGCUCAUACAAAUAUUACACCUGCUGACACACACACGACACCUGCUGACACACACAUGACACCUGCUGCCACACACAUGACACCUGCUCAUACACACCUGACAUGUGGUGACGUCAGCAGUGAGUCCACCUGAAGGUCAGCAGGACGUCCUUGGCCAGCGUUGCUAGCAUCACGCUGCUGUCGCUCAUUCUCAGAAACUUGCAGGCCUUCAUCUUCUUUUACACUUUUUUUCUUGUUUUGUUGCUUUUUUGGAAGCAGAAGCUGGGAUUUCUCAGUUUUCCCAAACGCGACACCUGCGUGAGAACCGAAGAUGAACUUGACGGACUUUGAGUUCCGAGCAGGAGAAAUCAGGGUUUUGUUGGCUCGGAGAUUUGACUUCCUUUUUUUUUUUUUUGUGUUGAUUUUUUGGCCAUUCUCUUCUUCAUUUUUGUGUCUAUUUUUUUGAUGUUUUUACGCGGCGUUUCGCCGUGAAAUAAAUGAAGGACAUUGUUUCA